AUGCUGCCCUCUGAAAAUCCAUCCAGCAGCCAAAGGCAUUAUGCCGGAAUAAGCAUAUUUACCAAUCCAACUACGGCCCACCGUCCAGCACAGAUUAUUAUCUUCACUGACGGGUCGAAAAUAGACGAAAACGUGGGAAGUGCCUAUGUGGUCAUGCUGCAAGAUACAGUCAUAGAUCAAUGGAAGGGUCAACUAAGGCAAUUUAAUAGCGUUUUUCAGGGAGAAGCAGUGGCAAUUGCGCAAGCAAUCCGCUACCUGCAAUCCCACCACUCCCGCAACGCUACAAUAAAGACAGACAGUCUUUCUUCGCUAUACGCAAUAGGAAACCCUGACCACCACUCCGAUAUUAUUCAGGGAAUACAGGAAGAUCUGCGAAAAAAUUCCCAACUCCAUACAAGACUUGAAUGGAUCAAAGUGCAUGCUGGCCACCACGGCAAUGAAUUGGCUGACCAUCUAGCCAAAGAAGCUGCCACAGGAGCAACAUCUCAACAAAUCAACUUCCCAUGGCCAGUGUCUUACCUGAAAAGAACAUUGCGCUUAAAGGCAAUCGGGAAAUGGCAGCAGACAUGGGAUAACAGCAAUACCGGCCGACGGACUUAUUACCAUGUCAGCUACGUGGACACUACCAAAAAUUUUGCAACCAUGCAAUUGGUAAGAUACAUUACGGGUCACGGACCAUUUCCCGAGUACUUUAACAAACGCGGGAUAAGUAACACUAGUCAGUGCGUCUGUGGACAGACCGGCUCUCCGGAGCAUUAUCUCACCUCCUGUCCCCUUACAGAAGGGCUACACAUCAACCUUCCGUCGACCAAUUGA